AUGGCCGAGGGUAGCGCAGAUGAAUACGCUGAUGAGAAUGCCGAGUGCCCUGAAGAACUUGGGGUCAUCGAAGAACUUGAUAUCACAUCGACAUUGCUGGAACUAGAUUGGGAAGCGUCGGACGGAAUGGCCGAGGGUAGCGCAGAUGAAUACGCUGAUGAGAAUGCCGAGUGCCCUGAAGAACUGGGGGUCAUCGAAGAACUUGAUAUCACAUCGACAUUGCUGGAACUAGGUGAUUGA